GAGGCCCUCUUUCGUGCAGCAGGUCUGCUGUAGGGCUGUUUGAUUAUGGAAAAGAAUGAUAAUCACAAUUAUUUGAAUCAACAUUGAAAUUACAAUUAUUUAACACAAAUAUUUAUUAGGUUAGGAAAACAAUUGCACAGCCCUACCCUGUUGGUUGAAGAACCAGGUUGAGAAUGCUGAUCUGGUUGAUGGUCAUUCUCCUCCCGCACAUCCUCUCCAUGGCUCAGGUCCAAUGCCUCCCAAUCUUCAACUUGGUCUAGGUUGCUUCUAGAGCUAAAGCAUAAAUGACAUGCACAAUGAUUUAUAGUCUAGGUAAAUGUAUGCUGAUUCUUAAAAUGAGAAAAUCUUUUCAGUUAUUUUAGAACUUGUGCUAUACGUAAAAUAGUGUGCUGGGAAUCAGUGAGCCAUCACUGCCUUUCAGUGUUUGCACUGUACCUCCUGGGUUGAAGGUGGGGAAUAAGAAAAGACAGGGCUUGGGUGUAUUUCCACUCCUUUUGGGGUCCUGCUGCUGAUCCACUCCGUGGUUGUAAAGUUUUUUUGGAAAAUUGGUCCCUUAGGUCCUUCCAGCGACCUUGGCACUUCACAACUGUUGACAUAAAUUGCCAGAUAAUUGAAUAACAGAUUUUUUUCUUUAAAGUAACAAUAACUGAUGUAUGUUGUACACCAGUUAACAAAUUAUAUAUUUUCCUACAGAUUCCUUGCCACCGGAGAGUCUUUCAGGAGUCUGGCUCUUGCCUACAGGCUGGGCAGAAAAACAGUGGCAGACUCCGUUCACAUGACCUGUAGGGCAGUUGUCGAUCACAUGAUGGAGACCCAAAUGCCGAAACCAGCGGAGGAAUCAUGGACAGCUAUCGCAGAGCGCUUUUGGAGAAGAUGGCAGUUUCCAAAUUGCAUUGGGGCCAUCGACGGGAAGCACAUUCAAAUUCAAGCACCCAAAAAAUCAUGCAGCCAGUUUUUUAAUUAUAAAAAAACAUUUUCAAUAAUCUUGUUGGCCCUGGUGGAUGCGGACUCAAAAUUUAUAAUCAUACAAGUUGGCGAUUUUGGCCGUGCAAGUGAUGGUGGGGUGUUCGCUCAUUCAGCACUGGGGAGGGGAAUGAGUGAAAAGACUUUGAAUGUGCCAGAAGACACCCCCCUGCCUGGUUAUGGUCAGCAAGGUUACGUGCCAUACAUGAUGGUAGGGGAUGCUGCGUUUCCCUUGAAGCGGUACCUGAUGCGACCCUACCCUGGCAGCAACCUGUCAAGGCAUAAUAGUAACUUUAACUACAGGCUGUCAAGAGCUCGCAUGACAGUGGAGUGUGCCUUUGGCAUUCUUGCGGCCAGAUGGAGGGUUUUUUUGUCAAGAAUAUCCAUGCUGCCGUGUCAUAUAGACAUGGUAGUCAUGGCAGCAUGUGUGCUACAUAAUUAUCUGAUCAAGCCUAAGAACAGAGAUAUGGUAGAGGGUCAAAGGGAUGGAGAACAUGGUCUGCAAAGUGUCAGACACAUGGGGGGUAACAGAGGACCCAGGGAAGCCCUUCAGACUCGGGAGUUCCUCUGUAAUUUCUUUGACUCCCCAGAAGGAGCUUUAAAUAGUGCACAUAAUGUGUAAAUAAUUUUGUAAAUAAUGUAGUUUAAUAGGUUUGGAUAACAUGAUGAUCAUUGUAUAUAUCUUUUUGUAAAUAUAUAUUGAUAUUUUGUAAAUAGAUAUUGAUUAUCAAUCUCUCUCUCUCUCGCUCUGUCUGUCUCUCCCCCCGCUCUCUUUCUCUGUCCGUUUCCCUGUCUCUCUCUCUCGCUCUGUCUGUUUCCCUGUCUCUCAUCAGACAUUCUUGGUUCCAAAUGUAUGUUGAUUAAAACGUUCUUGUUGACACCAUGA